AUGUGGAGGAUCUAUUUAAAGAGAAAGACAAAGUUUGUCAAUGAUGAUGAUAGUGAUGGUAAUGAACUCACUGGUAAUGAUGUUGAAUUUGAUUGUGAUGAUGAUGUUUUUGAUAAUGGAAGCUUUUACGAUAAUUAUUUUGGGUGUCAUAUAAUAGAUCAAGUUCCGAAUGAUCCAAGUUAUGUCCCGAAUGAAGAUAUACCUCAGAGUGGUGAAGGCAUCAUUGGUUCCAAUCCCACACCAGAUGAUAUUGUACAUGAGAGCGGUAACAAUGAACUUCAGGAAUGUGAUAAAGUAGUUGAAGAAAAUAAUGAUGUAAUUGAGAAUGACAUUGUAGUCGGAGGAGGUCAAAUUAUCCCUUAUCAACAUUAUGAUAUGUUUAUGGGAAAUGUUGCACAAUGUAAUAGAGAAGCAAGUCAGGAUAGUGGCAGACAUGAUGGAUCGAAUUUGAAUGUGGGUCAACACUUUGUGAGUAAGGAUGAAUUGAGUUAUUAUCUUAGCAUCAUUGCCAUUAAUGGGAGAUUUGAAAUGCGAACAACCAAAUCAAACAAGUCUAUAAAGGAGGUUCGUUGUGUCAGUGAAAAUUGCUUAUGGAGAGUGCGUGCUACGAAGAUGAAAGAUUCACAUUUCUUUGUCAUUCGACAAUAUCAUAGUCUUCAUAGUUCCUCAUUAAUGAACCGAAAUGCCAAUCAUAGACAAGCAUCCAGUCGCAUUAUUGGUUCUCGUGUACAGGGACACUUUAAGAAUAGUAAGGACCCACUUAACCCAAAAAGCCUUGCAGGAUUCAUGCGUGAGGAAAUGAAAGUUCAAGUCAGUUAUUGGAAAGCAUGGAAAGGUAAACAAUGGGCUCAAAAUUUGAUUAGAGGAACAGCUAAAGAAAAUUUUGCAUUGCUCCCUUCGUAUUGUCACAUGUUGAAGCGGGCAAAUCCAGGUGUGGCCAUAAGAGGGUUCACUUACAUGAGAAAAGUAAUUGGUAUAGAUGCAGCUUGGAUCAAGACUAAGCAUACAAGUGUGUUAUUAGUAGCAACUACACAAGAUAGUGAAUACCAUAGUUACUCCAUUGCGUGGGGUUUGGUUGACAGUGAGAAUAACACUUCAUGGACAUGGUUCUUAGAGAAGUUGAAGGACUUAAUACCUGAUAGCUUAGACUUAUGUUUUGUUUCUGAUAGACAUCAAAGUAUUGAACAUGCAGUUCGUCGUGUUUAUGUUAUGGCUUCUCAUUGGGCAUGUUAUUGGCAUGUAAAGCAAAAUAUAAAACACCGUUUCAAAAGUGCUGCUGGGACUAAAUUGUAUAAGAAAGCUGCAAUAGCGUACCGUAUCGAAGAGUUUAAUAAACACUUCGACCAACUUCGCAAAACAUAUCCACGUGUUGCUAAGUAUCUUGAGAAUGAUGUCAAGUUCAGUAAGUGGUCUAAAGCACAUUUUGUUGGUAACCGAUAUGAAGUCAUGACCACUAACAUAGUUGAGUCAGUGAACAAUAUGAUGCGAAAGGCAAGAGAGUAUCCAAUUAUUGCUAUGAUUGAUUUUAUCAUUAGCACGAUGGGACAAUGGUUUUUUGAACGUCGGCGGGAAGCAUGUGUAGUUACAACUCCAUUAACACCAAAGAGGGAAGAAAUAUUACGCAAGAGAUGGGAUGAAGCCGGUUCAUUGAUAACUCUCCAGUUAAAUGAGAAUGAGUACAAUGUGAUGUGUGGAGAACUCGAUGCAAUAGUAAAUUUAAGGUCAAAGAGUUGCACGUGCAAAGUUUUUGAUAUUGAGAAACUUCCAUGUAUCCAUGCAAUAGCAGCAGCAGGAAAGGCACAACCCCAAAAUACUGGGGAACUCAUAUAUUCUAUGUGUUCACAGUACUACACAUCAGAAUAUUGGUUGUUAGCAUAUGCUGAAACUAUUUAUCCUGUACCUCCAAACUCACAAUGGACUGACAUUCCUGAAGAUAUUCUUGCAGUACAAGUGAUAGCACCUCCUGAAGACAAGGCUAUAGGAAGACCAAGAACCAAUCGCAUAGCUUCCAAAGGUAAAUUUCUUAAGAAACAAUAUAAUUGUGGAGCAUGUGGACAGUCAGGACAUAAUUCGCAAACAUGUCCACAAGUGCCAUCAGAUGGUAGAAGCAUAACUCAUGUGUGA